AUUGAAUAAGAAAGUGUUUUUACAGGGAUCUGUGUCAUUCAAGGAUGUAACUGUAGACUUCAGCAGGGAGGAGUGGCAACAUUUGGACCUUGCUCAAAAGAACCUAUACAGGGAUGUAAUGCUGGAAAACUAUUUCAACUUGAUCUCAGUGGGGUGUCAGGUUCCCAAACCAGAAGUUAUUUUCAACUUGGAGCAAGAAAAAAAGCAAUAUAUUUUGGAUGGUGAAAUGUCAAGUCAGAGCUCUCCGGAUCAGGAUAUUGGUUCUGAAACUUCACAACAGGGAAUGUCUGAAAAAGUUUCAAUCAAGUCUGAGAGAAUUGAUCUUUUCACAAGAGAUAACUCAUAUUUCAUUUUAGAAUUGUGGCAAGAUAGUGAACAGACAGGGAGAUAUGAGGAAAACCAGAACAAACCUUUAAGUCACACUGUCUUCAUCAACAAAGAAACACUAGCUAGUGAGAAGAACUAUGGAUAUAAGGACAUUGUAAACACACACUUAGUCCUACAAAAAAAAAGGCUCUAUAACUCAUUUGGAGAGAGUUUGAAGCCUAUUGUAAGCUUAUGCAAUUAUAAUAGAAACAAUGUAACAGAAAGUCUUGAUCAAAAGAUUAUUGGAUAUGGUAAUAUUUUUACUCAUACAGAUUCUUAUACAGAAAUGAAUGCUUGGGAAUGUAAUCAAUGUAAGAAACUUCUCAGUCAUAAGCAAGCUCUAAUUCAACAUCAAAAUAUUCACACUGGGAAGAACCUUUAUGGAUUUUCUGGUUGUGUAAACAUCUUCACCCAGAAGUCACACCUCUUUGCACAUGAUAAUAUUUAUACUGAAGACAAACAGAAUGAUUGCAGCAAAUGUGAGACAGUCUUUACUCAGAAUUUCCAACUUGCUAUACCUCAGAAGGUUUAUACAGGAGAGAAAUCUUAUAUAUGCUCUGGAUAUGGGAAGGACAGUUCCCUCAAGUCAAACCAUGAGAAAAGUCAUACUGCAGGAAAUUACUAUAAAUGCAUUGAAUAUGGAAAAGCCUAUAUUCAGAAGUCAGAUCUGUUCAGAUGUCAAGGAAUUCAUUCUGGAGAAAAACCCUAUAAAUACAGUGAAUGCGGGAGAAACAUCUCUCAGCAGUCAAACCUCAAUACACAUAAAAAAAGUCAUAGUGGAGGGAAACACUUUGAAUGUACUGAAUGUGGGAAAGCCUUCACAAGGAAAUCAACACUGAGUAUGCACCAGAGAAUUCAUACAGGAGAAAAACUGUAUGUUUGCACUGAAUGUGGGAAGGCCUUUAUCUGGAAGUCACAUUUUAUUACACAGGAGAGAAUUCAUACUGGGGAGAAACCUUAUGAAUGCACUGACUGUGGGAAAUCUUGUAUAAAGAAGUCACAACUCCAUGUGCAUCAGCGAAUGCACACAGGAGAGAGUCCCUUUAUAUGUUCAGAGUGUGGGAAGGUCUUCACCCACAAGACAAAUCUCAUUAUACACCAGAAAAUUCACACUGGAGAAAGACCCUGCAUCUGUACUGAGUGUGGGAAGGUCUUUACUGACAGGUCAAAUCUCAUUAAGCACCAGAAAAUUCAUACUGGAGAGAAACCCUAUAAAUGCAAUGACUGUGGAAAAUCAUUCACCUGGAAGUCAAGGCUCAGAAUACAUCAGAAAUGUCAUGCUGGAGAGAGACACUCUGAGUGCAGUGAGUGUGGGAAAGCAUUCAUUCAGAAGUCAACACAGUAUGCACCAGAGAAUUCAUAGAGGGGAAAACCCUAUGUUUGCACUGAAUGUGGGAAGGCCUUCUUCCACAAGUCACAUUUUAUUACACAUGAGAGAAUUCAUACUGGGGAGAAGCCUUAUGAAUGCAGGGACUGUGGGAAGUCCUUUAUUAAGAAAUCACAACUCCAUGUGCAUCAGCGAAUGCACACAGGAGAGCGACCCCAUGGAUGUGCUGACUGUGGAAAGGCUUUCACUGACAGAUCAAACCUCUUUACUCACCAGAAAAUUCUUACUGGAGAGAAACCUUAUAAAUGUAGUGACUGUGGAAAAGCCUUCACUCGAAAGUCAGGCCUCCAUAUACAUCAGCAGUCUCACACUGGAGAGAGACAAUAUAAGUGCAAUGAAUGUGGAAAAGCCUUUGCAAGAAAAUCAACGCUAGUUAUGCAUCAAAGGAUUCACACAGGAGAGAAGCCCUAUAUUUGUACUGAGUGUGGGAAGUCCUUCAUCCAGAAGCCCCACUUAAAUCGACAUUGGAGAGUUCACUCUGGAGAGACCUAUGAGUGCCGUGACUGUGGGAAGGCCUUCAGUGAGAAAUCACAGCUCCAUGAGCAUGAGCGACCUCAUGCAGGAGAGACCACGCGCAUGUGCUGAACGUGAAGGGCCUUCACCAUCAGAUCAGAUCUUAUUAAACACCAGAAAAUUCACACUAAACAAAAACCCGAUAAAUGUAGUGACUCUAGGAAAGCCUUACACUGGAAGACACAACUCAGUAUACAUCCGAAAUCUGGUACUGAGGAGGUGGAGUGCCCAAUGCCACAAUCGUGGUGUGGGGAUAAAACGCUGUGCGGUGCUAUAGCUUCACUAAGAAGCAGGCGGUAA